AUGGCUUCUCUCCUUGGAGGUUCUGCUUCUGCAGAACAUGCAACAGCAGGACUGUGUAAAGGUGUAGCAGACACGGAAGACGAAGACGAUCUUUUCGAGAUAGAUCUUGAUUCGGUCGACAGCAUUCCUCCACCACAGUACUACGGGGGCAACUAUUUCACUGCAACCGGAAAUGCACUGCUUGCCAAUUGCCUACUGCCGGUAACGGAUAUCUCCCGUGCAGUUCCAAUGAUUUCCAAGUCAUUGUCGUACUCACCGGAGGUGGCAGCCAAUGUUGUAAUGAUGCCGAAGCCUAUGCCCUUGGGGCAGCUUCUUGGUCUGCCAUUCUUGGAGGCUCUCGUGCUUCACCAAAAGGAAGUGAAACCCAAAUGUAAUUUUAUUAGGGAAAAUGAUGCCCAUUUGGAAGUUGGGUCUGAGCAAGCAUUAGAAGGAAGAUAUUACAUUGUUGAUACUGUUUAUGGAGGCUAA